AUGCCCAUCACCCUUCGGCACAUAACCGCCGAUUCAACAUGGUUAAUCACCUUAACCUCACCUCAUAACCCCCCAUCACAUGCACCUUUCAACAUACUCGUAGACCCCUGGAUUGUCGGUCCAUCCGAGGUCUGGCACCCAAAGUUCGCGCAAAAUCACCAUACCACUCCAUCUUCUAUACAAUCUCUCGAGGAGCUAGAUCCCCAGCCGGAUAUUCUAUUAAUAUCACAAACUAAAUCGGACCACUGUAACGAAGCUACAUGUCGACAGCUUUCCAAGGAUGGGAGUCUACAAGUCUACACAGUACCUGGCGCGGAUAGUAUAGUUAAGAGUUGGAAGCACUUUAAUCCAGAGAAUGUGCAUAGAUUACGUCCGUUCACGAGUCGUAGAAGUGGACGGGUAUCGCGGAUUCCUAUCUACAAGAACCCAGUUCCGAGUAAACCGGCCAUGGACGAGUCGAUUACAAGUACGAGCAGUGAGACAGAAAAGGAUAAAAAAGAUAAAGACGAAGAUGACUACAGCUUCGAAACGGACCCUUCUAUCGCAGCGAUCGUCGAGCUCGCCUUCCUACCUGCUCUAAAACCAUGGGAGAUCCCGAGUAUACAUAUCGGAUUGGGGAUAACAUAUACACCUACGCAGGACAAAAAACUCCCACCAUCACCCCCACCGACCCCGCCAUCAACUAAUCUUCUUCAUCCAACUGUCUCCGCGGCCCAUCAAGUACCAAGCACCAUCACCCUCUCCACAGUCCCUUCAAAUCUAUCUACAUCUCCAGGCAACAAGUCCAACCCUACCAAUACCACCCACCCGGACUCUCCAAACCGAUUUCCUAAGAAACCAAACUCACCUUCUAAACCUUCCUCGAAGAAAUCCACAAACCUAAAACAACCAGGUCCCAAAAACUCUUUGACAGACUCUCUCCUCUAUACUCCACAUGGAGUCCCUCCGUCAGCAUUAACCCAGUAUCUCUACUCUCUACCCUUACCACUAACCGCCUUCCUCCAUUGCUUUGUAAAAGUCGAUAAUCCAAAAUGGUUAGGCGGCACUGUAUCCUCCGGACUUCCUAACGCUCUUAAGAUCCUUGCAGAGGUUAAGAAGAUCAGAGCGGAGCAAGCUCGGUUGGUUGAGGAGCCGAUUAGUCCGAAAAGCAACUACUCUACGGAAUACCCGCUCGGAGUCAAAUAUUUGGUGGCAACACACGAUGAAGAAGUUAAACUAGAAGGGUUUUGCAGUCACUUUGUUAAGAAGAUAAAAUGGGACGUUAAGGAAGUCGACGAUGAAUUGAAGAAGGUGGCCGGUGAUGAGGCUUUGGAAGGGAGAAGGAGCAAAGAGUUAAGUAGUAAUGACACUGAAGAUAAGAUUGAGAGCUAUGAAGAUGCAGGGAAUGUGAAGGCUUGGGACGGCCCUGCUGGCAUCAAGUUAUUAGACUUAGAAGUCGGAGAGAAGGCGGUAUUGGUGUAG